CUGAAAUGAAAUGAGCAUUGAGCGAUCUAAUGCAAAGUGAGCAGGAAACGUGGUCACAGAACUGAGAGUGAGAAAGUUAGUCAUCUGGCUUAUACCAAACAACUGCUCUUUGCUCAAGUCAAACCACACAGGAAGAAAAACAAAGGAAAGACAUGGAAAAAGUCACUGGAUACUGGUAGAGACCAAAAUUGCGAUCGCAUACUGACUAAGCCAGCAUCCAUUAAGGACCUUCAAAUGUGCCACUUGAUCCAGGAAGGACCAACCUGCUCAACUGCAAUCUCUGAAAACUUCGGAAUCACGGCUCUACAAUAAGUUACCUGCAAUGUCUCAGUCAUUAUAUCAACACACAUGGAGGACAGCCUGUCUGUGUAGCAGGCUAAGAAGCAGCUGUUGCAUCCAAUCAGUGUCCUCACGCAAUGGAAAUGCCCCAGCGCAGCAAACAAAAUGUGCCCUGCUGUCCAAAAACUUCAGCGUUUUGUCCAAAACGCAACUGAGAAAGCCCACAGCAAUUCAGCAUGGUAGUUGCAACAGCAUGUUGCAGCAUAAACUUGAAACUAGACAAUACAGCGACCCACUUUGCAACCAGAUUACAAAAAAGUUUUCAAGUAGUGUACUUAGUUGGUCGCCAAAGGAAGAAAACGAACCUUCCAAUCUUUUGGAGGAGAACCAUCAAGAGGCACGUUUACCCACCUUGCCUCAAGCAGAAACAAUCGAGCAGCUGAGGAACAAGUACAAGCGGCUCAGGAAGACGAAGAAGAACCGUUCCGUUCUACGACCUGAGCUGGCCCAGUUGAUGGUAGACAAGGUGUGGCCGGAUGGUAGUCUGGCCAAGGAGAAAGCUAUGAUCAUUGAGACCAGUCCAGGACCAGGCAUCCUGACCAGACAGCUGCUCAACUCAGGCGCCCCUAGUGUGCUCUCCAUGGAGAGAGAGAAGCCCUUCCUUCCUAGUCUGAGUGCCUUAGCCUCCAAGGCAAGGGAUAGACUCAGGGUCAUGCACGCUGACUUCUUUGCUAUGCAUUACCAUGGCAACAAGGAUGUCCACCCACCCGUGGUCCGAAUCGCCAAGGUCUUUGAAGGACUGGAGGCUGUACCAUGGGAAGCUGAUAUACCAAUCAAAAUUAUCGGCAGUCUACCGCAUCAUAAUGAGAGGACCCACGCUUACAUCAUUGCAAGCCAACUGCUGGAAAGAUUGUCAUCGUUCAAGUAUGGUAGAGUCCAGUUCAAUGUGCUUAUGUCGGAAGGAUGUUAUAAUGUAAUAUCUCAACCAGUUGGUAACAUGUUUAAAUACCGGGCCCUCUCUGCACUUAUGCAGAUGAGCUGCAACAUCCAACUUCUGCACAAGGAGCCCCAGGUUUCCUUUCGUCUCCCAACUUCAAGCGGAGAGGCCAGCAGAGCAAAUCUCACAGACAAGGACCUGAGCUUGUGCCUCGUGAGACUGACCCCUAAGCGUGACCUCUUCAUCGAGCAUCAGCUGUCUCAGCAACAAGCCUUCAUCUUUGUAUAUUUUGUCCGUCAAGUCCUGGCAAAGAGGAGACAGUUUUUGUCCAAAAUGAUAGAAGCUUGGGCGCCAGGCCAUGGAGAUAUUGUCCAUGACUUUGGGUAUGACAAGGAAACUCUGACAGGGAACGUUGAACCCUCAGACCUGCUGAGGAUCUACAUGGCCAUCUGUCAGUUGGACAGCUUCAAUGGUUCCUGGAUGGGAGAGGACGUGGUUGGGUAUGCCUCCAAGGCCUUGGAAGAUGGGCAAGGGGUUGGGUACGACGGCAUGGUCAGCAGGGGUAUCCAGCUCUGAAGAUGGCAGUUUAUAAGGUAAACUUGCCGUGGGGGAUUGCAUACUUCAACGGACCCUGGACAAACUGCAUAAAAGGUAUUUUCAUACAACUGUCUACAAUACUCCUGCAAAGCACUACAUAAUAAUUCUUCAGCUUUCUGUUAUUGGGAUUACAAAUAAGGAGUACAAAAGAGUUGGACCAUUCCUUCUUCACUAGCUGAAAGAUGUUAUUUUGCUGAGUUAGUCAAUUUGUAUUAGUUAUAAAUGAAAAUCUCCAAAAUCUGCAGCACUACUUGCCCCAACCCUAACACCACUCCACCCCUGGCCCCUCCCACCACCCCCUCCCCUACCCCUAUCAUCACCCCUUACCUUCAGCUUUGUUGGCCAGCGUCCCGUGACAGCAAAGCGUAGUGUCUGAAUUAAACACUUGUUCAAGGCUAGAGGUGGGCACAGUACAGCAGCUCAGGCUUCGGUUUUGUGCUGGGUCCAGUAUCUGGCCAUCACAGCAGCUUUGACUAGCUAGAUUGUAGAGGUCUGCCCCACCUGGGGAAAGAACAGCCAAAUAGGGCUAAUUGCAUGAAGUUGCUUAAACAGCAGACAGAAAUAUGCUCAACAUUGAAGACGUUGCACUCAGCAUGGCCACUCAUCAAAUUAGAAAAAAAACAAGAUGAUCAUUAAAAAAUUCACAAGAUUUAAGAAUUAUGUACCAAAAUAGCAGCAAAGACCCUAUUUUCAUGUACAUGUGGCUAUAAAGUGCUGAAAUUUUGUGCAAGUGCAAUCCAUACUUUUGUAUGUACUCAAUACAAAAAAACCAAGGCUCAGCGAAACUUUCCCAAGGGCUAGCCUUAAUUCCCAAGGUCUUGGGGAAAAUCCCAAGCAGUGGCCAUGCUGGUUGCACUUACCAACAUCAGCAUUACCAACAUUACAGACUAAAAUGUCCUACGAUCUAUGGCACAACAGAGUGGUUACCAGCACGUUUUUCUUUUUUUUAGUUAGCAGCCCAGCUGGUCAGGGUUGUUUGAUAUGAUCCCGACAUAUCGCAAUCAUAUUCCUGAUCAGAAUUUAUGAUCAGGAUGUAUUGUGUGAUAGAUUUGCAAGCCUCUCUAAGGCAUAAUUCAAUCUGUUAGCCUUUUGAGCUAUGGCAGAUACAAUACAAGGACGUUGAUUUGGUUUGGGUAAAUUUGGGUAAAUACAAUAUGUCCACCAUAUCCCAGAUUGGCAAAUUGUACCUACAUCUGUCCACUGUGGACAUGUGUAAUUGCUUUUGUGACCACAGCAUUCUGCACUUAUAAUCACAAUUCUGUGCCUGAAAUGCUAGCGAAGAAAUUUGGUGCUAACUGUAGAAUGUAUGCACAGAAUCCUUCAUCACAGGAUGUACAGUGGCAUAAGCUAACAUUCUUACCUAACUAGUGAAAUAUGCUUAUGAUUAGCACAGAAUUGCCUGCGUUGCUUAGCAGAGAUUGUUUGCUUAUGGAAAGCAGAGCCAUUGAAAUGGGCCCAUUUGCACUCGUUUAGACAGUAUUCCUCUAAAUGUACCCUUUGGGGACACAUUAUCAUCUAAAGUUAUACCUUUGGGAGACAUUUGAAUGUCUCCCAAAAUAGGCUGAAUCGAUUCCUCAUGAUGCAAAACCCAAAUUUACAAACUUUGGUGAGAGUGUAGGAUAUGGUUAGGGUUGGGGGUCAUUAAAGUCAGGAUUUUUUGUGCACAAGUCUAUGGGAAUGUGUCCCUGAGAUACCAUUUCCCGUAAUUAUUAUAUCCCUAUGUGUACAUAGGGAUAUGUACAUGUAGUGGCUUGUUAUCACCAAGUUUAUAUCGAUGGGUGCAGUGAAACAAAAUAAUGCAACGUAUUUGCGGGUUGACCGUUAUUUGUUCCCACAUGAUCAACUACUUCUGAUGACUUCCUCUCAGGAAGUUGAUUUUGAGGGGCACACCCUUUAUUUGCAGCAACCUAAUCCUGUACCCAAUGUGAUCUCAGAGGAUAAUCUGUUGAGUUGGUAAAAUAGCAACUCAUCAGACUGGACUUUUAGUUUUUUAGUACAAUUAUUUAGUGUAACCACAGGAAUGAUACUACACUUGUGUCAAUAUAAAGGAAACCUCUAAUGAAUAUUCAAAACUGAAAAAAGUGCAGGUACAUAAUGUGUGCAUGAUAAGCAUGAUACAGCAUGACGUAUGUAUGCAGGGAAAAGAAUGUAAAGUAUUAACUUGAAUUUUUAAUCAAUUUCAUUUAUCCGGUGUAUGGAUUUAAUCUUCAUGUCUGUUGUAUUAAGGAAGUAGCAGUUCAAAUUGGGAAUUCACUUAUUAAAUUCCCUAAAAUGGAAAUCACACGUACAGGGAAGAUUAUUGGUUCUAAAAGCUUUUAACAUAUCCCGAUCAUUAAUGUAUAUUUGUUUAAUUUUCAUGUUAUAUUAUUGAUAUUAAUUAUAACUUUAAAUUUAAUUGUACAUAUUCUAUUUUUGAGUUAAAAAGUGAAGAUGAAAAGUCUUCUAAAUAAAACUGAAAACAUGAGAAUUUC